AUGGCGCAGGGAACAAAAAAGCUCACGAAGCCGACAACUACGAAGAGUAGACCACAAACUCUCGGUCCACGCAAGGGCAAUCGGGUAAUCGCACCGAAAAACCAGAUCUUGAUUAAGCAAAAUGCUAUUAAGAAGAAACACUCCGGCGGCCUGACAGCCAAGACUGAGAGGAAUUUGGCGGAAAAGGCAGGACAUCUAGAGCUUUUGCCUGGUGGGAAGAGGGAUAAGAAGAAAUGA